UGAAACUAAACUGCUGCUGCUGCUCAGCUUCAGAAACACUCCACACUUUACCAGACUAUCCCCAGUCGUUUCUCCUCCAGUUUUCCUCUGGGCUGCAGUCAUAACGAUGAAGGAGAGAAGACUCCCGCAGCCUUUUGUGGCCAGGUGUAAACUGGUCCUGGUUGGAGACGUUCAAUGCGGUAAAACAGCGAUGCUGCAAGUAUUGGUGAAGGACUGCUAUCCAGAGACUUACGUCCCCACUGUGUUUGAGAACUACACGGCUUGUCUGGAGCUUGAAGACCAGCGUGUUGAGCUCAGUCUGUGGGACACAUCAGGCUCUCCAUAUUACGACAACGUCAGGCCCCUCUGCUACAGCGACUCAGACGCAGUGUUGCUAUGCUUUGACAUUAGCCGGCCGGACACAGUAGAUGGUGCUCUGAAGAAGUGGAAAGCAGAGAUUCAGGACUUCUGUCCCAACACUCGAAUCCUGCUCAUAGGCUGUAAGACAGACCUGCGAACGGAUGUGUGCACACGCAUGGAGCUGUCCAAUCAGAAACAGGCUCCAGUCUCCCAUGAACAGGGUUCAUCUUUGGCCAAGCAGCUCGGAGCUGAAGCUUAUCUGGAGUGCUCGGCUUUUACUUCGGAAAAGAGCAUCCACAGUGUUUUCCGUACCGCAGCUCUAGCCUGCAUGAAUAAACUGCAGCCUCCCAACAAACCCAGCCCGGUCCGCCGCCUCUCCAAAAGACUGCUACACCUUCCCAACAAAACAGACCUCCUUAGCAAGGACAAGUCCAAAAGUUGCUCCAUCAUGUGAACACAGCAAGAAGUGUGCUCGGAGUAUGGGAAGAGAGGACAGUAUUCUACCUGGUUCAGGCGGGGUUCAGGGUGUGCAAGGGAAAGAGAGCAAUCAUCGAGAUUUUCACAAAACUUUUUACUCUUUUGCAUCAUCCUCCUCAAACUCCUGGCUGCCACAGUUUCCACAGAGAGAAACGAUUCGAAGUGGAGUUUCAUGAUCCUGUACAAAUGGAGAGUAACAUGUUGCAGCCCCACAUAAAGGUUGUUGUGAAUCAGCUUAACAAUGCUCCGUAUCUUAGCUCGUCCAUGAAGGAAGCAUUGUAUCCUCUCCAUUAAAGUGAUGAAAUCCAUUUAAAGCUCUGAUAGCAGUGCCGUAUCCCAUCCAUCUCUCUGUCCAGAUGCCUUUUAAAGGUCACAGCAUGGGCUGAGUGAUGAGAACGUAAAAUCUGAGAAUGAAGCUGCAUCUGCAGAAACCUAGCUGAGGAGAUCUUAAAAAAUUAUUCCCCCACCAGAGCCCUCGCCGUAAUAUCUAUUUUGAAAUUAAAGUUGACAGCGGAACAAAAAAGAUGACAAAAGGGAGGGGUUUGGCAAGCAGUGCGCUCAUUUGCAGAAGGCAGUGGGAGGACAAAGUGAGUCCGUGAAGAAGUGCAAUGUGAUUCAGCACUAUCAUGAGCCGCAAGGUCGAAAAGGGUGAAUGCAUUUUGUUAAAUACUUUCUACCUGUCUUCAGGAGGUUCUCUGCCAUGCACCAUCACCACACAAGUUCAGCAACCAUAGCUAUUUAUUUUAGUGGAGUUACAUGGAAGAAUGAUAUUUCCAGACUGUUUAAUGGGUUCAAUUUUCAUUUUGUUUAUUUUUUCUUAGUCUUUUUUUUUUUAUAGAAGAGACCAAGAAAAGAGGAUUUUUUUGUGCUCCAAAAUAUCUAUGGUUUAUAAAUACUCUUCCUCACGGACAACAAGGGAAACAAUUGUUCAGCUUGGUUCUACAAAUAUCUGCUCAUUACAGCCUACUGUCCUGAAACCUGGCCAGAAGACAUCACACCAAUGAAUAAUCAGUUAGCACCCCAAAAUAAAACGAAACCUGAUAUAUCUUUUUUUCUGCAUGUUUUUUGCCUUUCAUACUCCACAGAAUGUAGGAUCUUGUAGCAAAGAGCUGAAAGUAAACACAACAACAUUGUGCCGUCCUCAUCCAUGACCUUCUUGUUCUUAAAGGGAAAGUUCAGAAUUUUUGAAGCGGGCUUUAAAAGAUUAUGAUUUGUGAUUUCUGAAACCCUGCUAACACUUGAAAAUUCAGCAUGAGCCAUAACAGCUGUUAGCCUUACUGUUAUCUGCUAAAAAUCUUGCUCUCAUUCAUAGCCUGAAUUAACUGAAGACAUGGAAACAGUCUUCUUCCCACUGUAACAACUUUAACACCAAAGAGUGUUGUUAUUGUGGACUUGUUGUUAUUAGGGACCUGGCUAAAAACAUGGGUUAUUACAAGAUUUUUCCUCUUUAGAUCUGAUUAUUCUCACAGCAUCUUAAUUUGUAUGAAUUUAGAUUAGCUGAUAACAGAUGCUAAAGCUAAUUGCUAGUCCAAACAUAGCUAAGCACAAAACAGACUUCCACAGUCCUAAAAUCUCUCCUCUAAGAAAUGUUUAAUUGGUUUGUGCAGAUAUCAUUUUAUAAACUUUUGAGUUGCUGUCAAAUCUGCAUUGAUGGUUAUUUAUAGAUGACCUAUGGAAAUAGAGAAUGGAGUCAGUGUGCCAUCAUUUAGCUUCCCCGUGAAACGUGUACUGAGAACAUUUUCCACUCAGAAUAAAUUAUAAAAAAGUAAUACAGUGCAUAAAAAAUAAACUAGUGAACAACCUCCAUUUUCUACCUGUUUAAAUAAACAUAGGUUGUGUGUCCAAACACUCAUGCAAAUAUCACAAGAAUUUAAAGUUUAAUAACAUAGCAUUGCAUAAAACACAAUGACAUUUUUGUCAUUGUGAGAUUUUUAAGAUAAUAAAAGUUGGAAGUGCUACUCUGAUUAGCUGUUUUCUAUAGUCUCCAGGAGCAACGGUGGAUGGUGAGAAAACUAUGUACUUCAGGAAAAAUAUAAAUUAUUCAGAACCUUCUACAGAAUCCCACUUCAAAAAUGACUUUUUUUUCUGCCAUUGUCAUUUAGGUUUAAGAGUUUGAGCUGCAUGCCUCUGUAAAGAGGAACCUCUAGCCUGAUACCUUAAACUCUUUCAAUUUGUGUAAAUAAAUUGCUCCUUUCUGGUUGCUAACAUCCAGAGAUUAACUGAAAUAAUAAAGACUUUCCUCAAAUUUUUAAAACAAAACAAAAGAUUUUCUUAUACCUGCACUAAUCUCAGCUCUGUUAUGCAAAAAUACAAACUUUGCCACCUCAAUGCCCAAUUAAGGCUUUAUUCAACACAAACUUAUAAAAACUCUGUAUAUUUAAGCUUACAGGACUAAUUUGCACUCCCAAGAGAACAAAACACAAGUUGAAUCCCUCGAACAGGCUGGUCCUGUAUGUAUUUUCCUUUCUCUCCAAUCAUUACGAAAAGUAGAAGAUUUGAUACUAUUUUAAAUUUUUUUUUUUGCUGGAUGUUUUGCUUGUUGUUGUUUUCUCUGGAGUUGUGUUCACUGGCGUCUCCUGGCAUUAAGCUGUUGACAGCUUGGCUAAUGGAGGGCUUGAUGAUUUGUAGGUCUGCAGCAAUGUGCACAGCGGUGGAAUUUAAUGCGUUGCCUAGCAACAGUGGGAGCAAGGGCCAUGCCUAUAUCUCCGACGGAGAGGAGGGGUAAUGUCUCAGAGAGAAGCGCGACUCACCU